GUUAAACUAUCAGUGACACAUUUCAGAAUGUUAAAACCGGACGAUAUUUGAAGAGAUUAAAGCUUGUGAAAGGAGCAGGGAAAGGCGAGGAGCGGAACCAGGAGACGGGAAUGAAGAAGUGUACCAACAGAUAUAAACAUCAACUCUGGAACAAAACAAGUUGCGAUGUACCGCACUGCAUAGCAGCUGGAACUGAUUGCUUGAUCAUGACUUAAUUAUUAAUUGCGCAAAUAUGGCAAGGAAAUUGUGUUAAUCGUCGAUAUACUCUUGUGCAUUUUUACCAAGCUUAAAAAGCGAGGAUUUUGCACAGUGGAUAAAAUAACCUAGUUGCAGCCGUCGUCAUGCCAAAAUGCUGUGAUAACAGCAUUUAUUAAAAGCCAUUAAAAAUUCACCACAAACAGACAUCGAAAAGGUCCUAAACAUGAAUUACAAAUCAAGACCAGAUAAAGACCAUGAUUCAGAAAACAGAUAUGUUAAGAAAACACCUCUAUACAGAACAGCUGACAAAAGGACUGGUAACUUUUCGUCCGAAAUCGGCUUAGACUCAAGCAAUAAGCACCAUGAUCUAGAAAAGGAUGUGUACAUUAAAAGUAGAACCUUCCAAAAUAGUAACUGGAGACAGCCUCUUUCUUGGGAAAAACCCCUGCCUCACUCUGAUAAUAAUGCCCAAGGAAUAACAAGAAAAGAUAUUGCUGCUGCCAAUAGUUUGAUGCCCCAUUUUGGUUCCAAAAAGGAACCAACUUAUACCCCUACCAUCAAAGCGGUUGACAACCUUAUUCCAAAAUUUACAAAUAUUGAUUUACAUGAACGGAAUAAUGUUACUCCAAAUACCCAGAAAUCACAGAUUCAAGAGCGAAAUCGGAUUGUCCUAAAUGGAUCAUCUAGUCCAAGACACAAUCCAAGUAAUGGCUCAAACUGGAGGAAACCAAGUUCAAAUGACAAAGAUCAUACUGGUCUUAGUUAUCACAUCAGACGCAAAUUUGAUCAAGGGUUUGAACUCUCAGCUGCUGACAAAGAAGUUCUUUCCCAACCCAACAGUCUCCUUGAAAUGCUUGGUUCUAAAAGGAGCUUGUAUGCUACUAUGAAUGAGUUAGAUUCAAAGACAUUGAAAGUGCAAAUGGAAGAUUUUAGCCGGGAGGAAAUGGCGUGUGAGCAUCUAAAACAAGAGAUGGGUUCACAAUUUCCCAACUGUAAUGUAAUUCCAUUUGGCAUACGCCUCUUAGGAAUGGCACAUCCAAAUACUGCUAUUUACAUGUUCUUUGACUCUGGAAAUAAUUAUUACCAACCAACAAAUGAGACUAAACAUAUCCAAACUCAAAUCCGUAAAAUUGUCUUUGAGACAAUUAGCAACUGUGGACAUUGUGAAAAUGUACGUGAUUGGGAUGUGCAAGAAAUGGUUACAUUUAUGCACUCUGAUUCUCAAAUGAACUGUGUGGUCACAUUUGUGAAUGGAUUCAGACACCAAAAUACACUUCUCUUGAAAUCAUAUUUGCAAAUAGAUAAACGGCUCAGGCUGCUUAUGCUUCUUAUAACAGACAUGGUUUAUAGAUACCAUGACAUUAGCAAAUAUUUCACAUCGUACGUUUUGAACAUAAUGGUCAUUAUGUUCUUGCAAAGGAUUGCUGAGCCUAUCCUACCCACCCUAAGCAAACUAAGGGAGUCAUUUCCCUUUGAAAAGGUUACAAUUGGAGGGUUUGAAUGUGGAUACCCAAAAGACUUCACAUUUUCGCCAUCCUCGAAUCAUUUAUCAGUUGAAAACCUAGUGAAAGGAUUCUGUAACUUUUAUAAAAAUUUUAAUUUUGACGAAGACAUUAUUUCUAUGUUGGGACCAGAGUUGAAACGCUCUAUGUUCUGUCCUCCAUAUGAAAUCAUUUCAACUACUGAGCCAUUGCAUUCAUAUUUAGUUUCCCUUCGAAGUGGGGAAAAUGUACCAAAGAUGAAUUGCAAUCUUCCUGUCAUUGUGCAAGAGCCUUUUGAACUGAAUAACAAUGCUGCAGAAAAGGUCAACCUGACAGUAUUGGAAGUGUUCCAAAUGAUGUGUCAGGAUGCCUGUGAUAUUUUAUCAAAAUGGUGUUGAAGGUAUCUCAUUGAUUUGUCAAAUAAUGUGGAUGAAGCCCCUUUGCAUGCUUCCAAUUUAUAGCCCUUCUCUUAAAAUUUCAAAAUAAUUUUUUAAUUGCUUAUUUUAAUUUGAUAGUGUGUGUUGGUGUUGAGACAUGUCAGAAUCUGGGUUUAAGCCAAGAAAAGUUGGUAGGUAGUUGGUAUCUAUAGCCUAUUGUACCUUAGCAUGGCAGCUUGUUACAUGAAUUUCCUUUAGUUGUAAGGGUUAACAAUGCUCAUAAACCUCCAAGUUCUCUGAUUGAUUUGUUUUUAAAUUGAAUGAACUAUUAACUGCAACUGAUUUACUUUUGUUCUUGUGUUUUGUUUUCUCUAUGUAUCUCAAAUAAUAAUAAUAAUGUGAGUGUGUGUGUACCUGUAUGUAUGUAUGUUAUGUCAUUACAGCUGCUCAUAUAUUAGCACAUCCUGUAAUUCACACUCGCAUGUCAGAACUUUUUUCUGCUAUAUGUUUUUAUCAGGAUUUUUUUUUCAUGUUUUAAUUUGAUUGUACUUAAUUAUUCCCUCAAGUUUUUAUUUGCAAUGAACUAAAUAAUAUUUUAAAUCAACUUAUUUGGAUAUGAAAUUUAUUUUCAUAAUCUUUAUUGUGACAACUAUUUUUAGAAGAGCCCCUUGUAUUUUGUAUGAAUAAUCAUUAGACUGUCAAAGAACCCUUAAACAUAUUCAGUCAUGUUUACUUGUCUAUUGGUUCAAUCAUUUUUGUUAUUGCAUCUUUUUCCCCCAAUACUCAUGUAUUAGACACUAAAAGGUACUAUUGUAUUCUUUUAUGUCCUCUCUUUGCCUCAGCUGUGAGAGAACCAAUUAUUUCUAGGUAUCAGCCAUUAUAAUUAUAUCGGUCUUGCUCCUGUCAUAUGUAUAGCUGAUGCUAAAUUUUACUGUUGUUUUAUUUCUCUCAUAUCUGAUGCAUAGGCAAGACCUAUCACUGAAAGAGGUAGUGACUCUGUUAGAAGACUGGUUGUAUAUUGCUUUGUUAAUAUAUCCUAUUUUAUUAUUAAUUAGCUAUUGCGAGGCCAUAGUGCUUGUACACUUGUUACUUCUGGUUUGUAUUGAAUUAUAUGAUCAAUCCUUGUA